AUGCAAGACGAACUCGCAGCUUUGUUUGAUAGGCAAAUGAAUAUGACACAUUUUCAACCUGCUCCGAGUAAAGAGAUCAUCCCAUCUCAAGCGCCAGAGAUCGCACACAGCAUUACCCAACAUUACCACCACUCGGCUCACAACAUCGCCCAAAACACAAACCAGCCUUCAAGCCUUGAUGUCUUGAGAUUCCACGGUCUUGACCCAGAAACCCUUACCCCAGAGCAGCUCGGUCUGUUUGAACACGCCGACGCAGAACAAAGGGAACGACUGAUCCAAACGUGGCAGCUCUAUUCGCAGUUUGGGACCGAAGCCAGCCAGUCUCAUGACUCUGCUAUGCACGAUUCUGCUAUGGAGGAGGACAAUGGAGAUGGAAAUGUCUAUGCUGAACCAUAUAUGGUAUCUGGUUACGAAUCUGUCCCCACUCAAGCUUCCCAUCUCCCCAAAGAGCCCACCACCGGGGAAGCCUACGCUGGCUCGAAAGACCCGGUGUACCAAGGUCAGCAAUGGUGGGAGUUGACGAAAGCUGGACCUAUGGAGUCACAAUACGGUGCAUUUGAAGAAACGAGACGUUAUUACCCCAGCUGCGGUGUAUACCGCUACUAG